AUGGCGAAUGCUAGCGCCUCUCAGUCCAGCUCCGGCAACCACAGCCGCCAGGGCAUCGCGGAGCUGGUCAAACGAGGCCAGGAUAUCGAAGUAAUCGAGCUUGACAAAUCCGACAAUGUCCAGCGCCGCUGGCUCCAUCGAACCGCCGACUCUGUCAUAUUGCUUGAUUCCAGAGACCGGACCAUCGGUUACCUGCACAGAUCUCUGCGAGAAUGGCAAAACGCCCUUUAUGACGCCUUUCUCCCCGUCGGGUAUCCCCACUCCGUGUCCAGAGAUUAUUUAGCCUACCAAACGUAUGAUUCUCUGCAGGCCUUCUUCUCCACAAUCACGGCUCUGCUGGCAAACAGGGCCCUGCUGCAGGGUCUGGGCGUGGGGGAUGCCAACUCGUCAGCCACCUUUGCCAUGCUCAUUACCAUACUGAAGGACGCCAUGUCCCGCAUCGCCACCAUUGUCUUUGCUCACCGGUUUGGGCUUCGUAUCGAGCCGGACGCGAAGCGUUACCGCUUUCUGGCCGACGUCCUCAAUGACACGGCAUUCUUUCUGCAGCUCUACAGCCCAUACUUCAGCCGCCCUGGUAAGCUGGUGGCACUUGCUUCGGGGGAGGCUUUGCGAGCGGCAUGCGGCGUGGCUGCUGGUGCCAGCAAGGCAGCUUUGAGCGUGCAUUUUGCCAAGCACGACAAUCUCGCGGAGCUCAAUGCAAAGGAAGCCAGUCAAGAGACCGCAGUGGGUCUGGUUGGCCUCCUUGUUGGGACACUGGUCGUCAAAGUUGUGCAAGACCAUCGGAGUGUCUUUUACUUGAUGGUCGCCCUGGUUCUUGCCCAUCUGUGGAUGAACUACCUCGGCGUACGGAGCGUAUGUAUGGCGACGCUCAACCGCCAGCGAGCCACGAUAUUGUUCCAGGAAUAUGUGAGGUCGGGAACAGUCCUCACUCCAGAACAGGUUGCCCACCGCGAACGCAUCAUCCUUUGGCGGCCCGUUGUGCGUAAUCGCCGUGGCGAGCCGAUUGCCAAGAUUGAGUUUGCCGAGAGCUACAAACAGGCCGCUUCGCACGGGGGGGCCAAGGACGCAGUCAGCAUCGUUGAUGGACCAAUGCACACUUCUUUUCUCGUUGCCCCGCGCGGGAACAAGUUGGCCAAGAUCCGCGUACUCCUUUGGUCUGGAUGUCAACCUAGGCACGCCAUCCUUGCCUGGUUCCACGCCAUGCAGGCUGCUUGGAGGAUGGGGAAACAGGAUCACGGAGGGGUUGUGGAAUGCGAAAAGCCGGACCAGAGACGUGCCGAGGAUGAGGAGUUGUGGACGUCAAUGGCCCAAGUGGGCUGGGAUUUGGAAACACAGGCGUUUGAGACCACGGCACCGAUCCGACUGCGAGUUCAGUCGAUCAAGAACAAGAACAAGUGA